AUGUUUUUAUCCCAAAAAUCCUUUUCCUUUUUCCCCUCUUCCACUUUUUCUUCUUCUUCCUCCUCCUCUUCAUCCCCUACUACUUCCUCUUCCUUUCCUUCACCUUCAUUAUUUUAUCCUUUAAAAUUAAUUUAUUUAAUUAAAUUUAAACAAAUAAUUAUUUUAACUAUUUUACCCCCUUUUUUUGGUAUUUUAAUUGUUUUUGCUAUAGCUAUAUUAUUCCAUUCUGAACAAAUUUUUGGUUAUGAAUGGACUUGUGGGAUAGCAUAUUUGCCUUCAAUUUCACGAAUUUUGAAUUUACCAGCAGAAAGAAUUGUUUGGAAUUUUUUAAUACUUCUUCACAUACCUUUACGUUUAUUAAUUAUUUUACAUAUUUUUUUUUCCUUUUCAAAACAAAAAUUUAAAGAAAAUAUUCAAAUAAUUCAAAAAAGUAAUGUUAAAUUUAUUACAAGAAAAUGUUUGCCUAAAAUUACUCCAAAUAAAUAUCUACAAAUUGUCUAUUUAAUAAGUGGAUUAUUUGAUAAUUUAUUUCUUUCAAGUUUAAGUGUUGUAGGCGAAAGGGAACAUUCAGAAUUACACGUUAUAUUCUUUUCUUUUUAUUUAUUUUCAAUUUUUAUUAAUUUUUCUGUUCAUUUUUAUUUAGAAUUAAAUUUAUUAAAAAAUACAAAAAAAUCACAAAAAUUUCAUUUUAUUUUUUUAUUUUUAUUAUUUUUAUUAAUUCCUUUCAUUAUUUUUUUCUUUUCAAUUAAUCAACUAUAUUGUAUUAAAUUUUCUUAUGAAAUUUUUGUUUUUAUUGAAUAUUUAAUUGUUUUUUGUAUUUUUUGUUUUAAUUUUUGUAUUUUGUUUGAAAAUCACAAAAAUUGUUUCUUUAUUUUUUUAUUAAAUAAAUAA